CAAAACAAGACGUAUGUCUGUCAGUCUUGCCUUACCGAAAUGUUUAUUUAUUAAUCUGGUAUAUAGCUGAUAUUGCCUUUAUAAUUUUCAUUUAAUAACAUAAGUCUGCAGACAUGUUAUUACAUCGUGCACUUCUAACUUUGCCAAGUACAAGAACUUUUAAUUUCUUUAAUGUAACUAAUUUAAAAGCUGUAAGAAGUUUUAAAAGUGAGCAUAGCUUAGAUCGCAUUUACCCAAAUAGUACACUUGAUCUGUCAAAACCAAAGCCUGUAGAAAGACAAGAUGGAAAAUUUUCUGGAAUUAUACCUGUUGAUCAGCUAGAAAUUACAUAUUCAAGGAGUAGUGGUCCAGGUGGGCAAAAUGUAAAUAAAGUGAAUACUAAAGUUGAGAUGCGUUUUCAUGUAGCUUCUGCAUCUUGGAUUCCAGAACUUGCGAGGGAAAAUAUUUUGAAAUUGCAUAAGAACACACCUUACAAGAUGGCUCCUGGUAGAAGUCAGACAAAACAGAUGCAAACAUUAAACUUACUGACGGCUGGAAACUUCGUUGUACGCAAGAGGCGAGGCCCCCCCAGUUCGGCAGAAACAUUAGCCAUAUACAACAGUAUGCUGUCUCUGAAGGCACAUUGCAAUGUUGUAUCCCUGUCAAUAGUUCUUCAGGCUGAAGGCCACGUUGUUUUCGUCGAUGGAGGAGAUGAGGCCCUCCAUCGUGAACCUCGUGUAGAGGGCCUUGAAGGUCCGAAUGACCCCCUGAUCCAUGGGUUGUAUAAGGAAAGUGGUGGUGGGGGCGAGGAACUCCAUCUUGGACCCCCGUCAUAA